CAAAUUGUUUCGUGUUCUUGGAAAAAACAUUUUCUUCUUCACUGUCCAUGGGCAGUUUCUGGUUUAGAAGGAAAAAGCCAUUUCUCUUUCUACCCCAAGAGGGUAAGAACACAAUUCUCCAACCCCAUAGCAUGUGAGCUGUUAUUAGUGUGGUAUGCAUUCAUGUACAUUAAAUAUAAACUCACAAGUAUAUGCUUGUCAGAUUCAGAUAACCUGUAUUAAGCACUUAUCAGCUCACUGAUUAUUUGAAAAAGUUUACCCUAGCAGCCAGAUUCAAAGUUGCCCCACUAGUCUAAAUGCUCCCCCAUUAGCCUGAGACCUGGGCAUUGCAGACUGGCGCCUGCACAGGGCUUGGCAUAGAGCAGAUGGUGUCAAUUCUUGCUGGGCUGAGCUCAGCUGAACUGGAUGUCAAAGCUACUGUAGGUAGGUGGCAGUAUGGUUCAACUCCCCGCUGUAUAUGUCGCCAGUUAGGCAUUUUAAAACCCGUCUCUUUGUGGUCUGGGGUCGAGUUACUAAAUCUUUCAUGGCCUCAACUUUCUCAUCUGUAAAAUGAGGAAGUAACAGCUGCCACAGUUAUUGUGAGGAAUAAAUAACACAAUCUAUGUAAAGUACUUAGUACAGGGCUUGGCAUAUUGCUCUCAAUAAAUGUUAGUUAUUAUUAUAUUACAUAUGAGCACCGAUCAAAUUCUACAUAGCAAUUACCAUGAUAGUUGGCUCUUUAGAGGAAGUGGAAUUAUGCCAACAUUUCACUAACAAAGCAGUUACUGAUGAGUUAAUCAUAGAUUUCAAAAGAUUGUCUCUGGUAUUAUGGAAGUAUGAACCGGUCAGUUUUGGAGAGGAGAGGUUGAAAAUUGUUACCCCUUUACUUGGCUGCACCUCUGUUAGGCCCUGCCUGAAACCUCAGGUUAGUAUAUUUUGGUAUUACCGCAGGGGGGAUAAUUUUGGCAGAGCGGAAUUGUCCAAUUUGGGUGACUGUAAUAAAAUUGGGUUAAAAUGCCCAUACGUUAUGGCAGUAACCAAACCCCUAUCAAACUUAGCUAAAUUGGCUGAUGGCAAUGCUAGUUCUUCUGGAAGACAAAAUGCAUACUGUCUGCACUCAAGUGGAGUUCAAGUCCGAAGCAGCCUUCAGAGGAGGAGGGAUGUAGGUCCUUCAAGGAGAAAGGGUCGUGGCGGGAAGAAUCCAUCUGACUUUCCAGUCUGGAGCCAUUUCCCUUAGAGAGGGCGGGCAUCCUAAGGGGGUGACCACGUGGGGUCAGGAGGAGCCCUGCGGGGCUGGCUCACUGCGGAUUCAUCCGUCCCACUAAGUGUCCUGCAGCCCUACUGUGUGUCUGGGGCUGGUAUCCGAAGGCCUGCUGCCUGAUGAGCGCACGUAGCCCGCGAGCUUAAGCUCUACAUUUGUAACAUCCAACUGCUGUCUCUUGAUUGGACCAUUUUCAAGAACUGAUACCAGUUUUCAUACAGCUUAAAAGCAAGUGGAGAGGCGAAGCACAGGGAACAACGGAUCAGACCAUACUGAACUCCCUUGGAGUGACUGAGAUCCGUGGAGGAUGCUGGCUGCCAAGUGGCUGAGGAGGCCCUCACUCUAAGGUGGGAAAGCAGGUCUCAGCGGGACAGCUUCCUCCACUCCUCGGCUCACCAUGGCCUCCACUCUCUGGCUGGACGGCUGACGUGACUGUGUGCCCCAAGUGUGCACGUUGUGGGACUGGGUGCCGUCCCAGGUACUGCCUGCUCUCAGGGUCUGGGAGCAGGGCAGGUGGGCAUCAGAUGCUACCAAAAGCUGGACAGGGCAGAGCGAUGGACUCCGACAAGCUAAGAUGGAAGUGACCUGAGGCCUCGUCCAGGUGGUUUCCUCUUGACAGGACAGCUUAAGAGUUGGAGCACAGGCUUGUCUGGGGAGCAGUAUGCAGGAAGCUGGUUUUCAGGCCACAAAUGCUUUCACAGAGUGCAAAUUCACCUGCACCAGCGGUAAAUGCUUGUAUCUUGGUUCAUUGGUCUGUAACCAACAGAAUGACUGUGGGGACAACAGUGAUGAAGAAAACUGUCUCCUGGUGACUGAACAUCCACCUCCAGGCAUCUUCAACUAUGCUGCGGUGUUUGAGGGAGCACAGAGGCAGAACGUGGAAGGGCUGGAUGCAAACAGAAGCAUAUGUACUCCCAGGAAAUCGGAGCUGGAGUUCGCCCAGAUCAUCAUCAUCGUCGUGGUGGUCACAGUGAUGGUCGUGGUCAUCGUUUGCCUGCUGAAUCACUACAAAGUCUCCACACGGUCCUUCAUCAACCGCCCGAGUCAGAGUCGGAGGCAGGAGGACGGGCUGCAGCCGGAAGGGCGCCUGUGGCCUUCAGACAGCUCUGGACCUCGGCCAGGCGCCUCGGAGAUCAUGUAUGCCCCGCGAUCCAGGGACAGGUUUACUGCCCCAUCCUUUAUCCAGAGGGAUCGGUUCAGCCGCUUCCAGCCCACUUACCCCUACGUGCAGCAUGAAAUUGACCUUCCUCCUACCAUCUCCCUGUCAGACGGGGAGGAGCCACCUCCUUACCAGGGGCCCUGUACCCUGCAGCUCCGGGACCCCGAACAGCAGAUGGAACUCAACCGAGAAUCUGUGAGGGCCCCACCCAACCGAACCAUAUUUGACAGCGAUUUGAUAGACAUUUCUGUGUACAAUGGGGGCCCAUGCCCGCCCAGCAGCAAUUCGGGCAUAAGUGCCAGCACCUGUAGCAGUAACGGGAGGAUGGAGGGGCCACCGCCCACAUACAGUGAGGUGAUGGGCCACUACCCAGGCGCCUCUUUCUUCCAUCACCAGCACAGCAACGCACACAGAGGGAGCAGACUGCCGUUUCAGCAGGACAGCCCGGGGAGCACAGUGGUGCCCAUCCAGGGCAAAGACAGGAAGCCUGGGAACCUCGUCUGACCCUCCGACGUGUGUUCGAGUUGAGGAGAAAGAAACUGAGGAGGGAGAAGGGCUGCCCUGCCCCUCCGCUCCCGAGCACAACAUUGUUCAGUUUUACAUGCUACAACUAAGUAAAACCAAAUGUGCAAACGUGAUCUUUGUUUCUGAUUCCUUUCAAGGGAAUUGCAUGCAAACUAGACUGAAAUAAUACAAACUUCCGUUUGGUCUGAUCGCAAACAGUGUUUUUUUGGGAGCAGGCCUUGGGACGGGGGGUGGUUUUGGCAAAGGGUGGGCAGGGGAACACAGAGAAAGGGAUUUGAAGAUACCAUGAAAUAAAACCCACAGAGGUAUUUGAUUUAUUUAAUUGUGAAAGGAGACUUUGAAGAGAAAGAGGCCAGAAUGGCCCGUUUUAUAAUUAACUGAAUAAAGAAGGAACCGUUAUUAUAUAUUAUCAUGGGGAAGAAGUGGCCAGUUUGCUUUUUCUCCCAAGGUGUGGAACUUUUAUUUUGUUUUAAAAAUAUGAUUCACAUUUCCUGUUUUGUGUGCCAAGGUAUAAAGUGGAGAAGUUAGAUGAAUGCAAGGAGUUAAUUUGUGUUGUGACGAUGUGUUUUUAAAAGUUGCACUAUCUUAAUGUUUAAAAUAUAUAUGAGGGAACUGUUUUAUGUGAAGUUCUGUAUGUUGUCUUCUCACCUGUGGAUUAUCAGGCCCAAGGAAUAUCCCGGAGUGUUGUCCACAAUCAUGCGAGAAAAGGUGUUUGGGGGUGUAACCUAACAUAUGCUUACUUAUGUAAAUCAGGAGAGUCAUCGGCGUUGCGAGAGUCAAAUGUCGGUGCAUCACUGAAGCACUGGGAGGCUUUUGGAUGGAAGAGAGGAAAGACUAAAUUUCAGCCUUUCUGACUUGUUGAGUCACUCUGCUAGUCUUAGGCUGCAUACUUUACUAAAAAUGAACCCAACACAUGCAUUUAUGUAUCCAGUAUCAUGCAGUACUGCCCUCAUCCUCCAGCAGUGCAGUUUCUUCAGUAAUUUAGGUUUUUUCACUGUAGCAUGAAAUAUACCUAGAUGCAUACAUUAUUUUAUGCAAUAAAUUGUUUAACAUGCACGGUGGUUAUUUUGAAUCCUGUUGAAAUACGUGACUGCUCAGUGCAUCCUCGCUGUCUCUCCUUCCCCAGAUAGUGCAGUUCGGUCUGGACGGCUGGUCAGCGCACGGGCGGCUCUCAGCAGUCGUUCCCCGUGCAGCCCGCCCGCCCAGGUGUGUGAGUGGCACCGGCAGUGGGUUACUUCACACAUAGGAAGGCCCUGGAAUUGAAGGAGACGAAGUUGCUGAGCUUAACAAGCCCCUGAGCUUGACUAGCGCUGGCACGGUGUUCUUGGAGGAAGGCAGUCCUCAGCACUCGCCCAAACUGCUGCGGGAGUCCACUCAGCCUUUGUGAUGGUGGCCAGAACUGACGGUCAGUUAUAACUCAGUGCAGGGAGCACAGGAUAAAAAGCACAACAUGCAGUUAAAAUGCAACUAGGAAACUAAUUUUAAAUAUUGUUAGUCUUAAUAUUCCUGAUAUAUACCAACAUUCAUUCUUAUGUAAAAUAACUUUCUUCUGCAGAAGCAAGCAUCUGGCCUUUAUAAGUAGCAGCAGCAGCAGCAAGUUCGACCAGUACCACCCAUGGCAGGCCUAUCUUAACAGGGUAGCACCGGCCUGUUGUGUGCAGUGAGGUCCCUUCGGCCUCUGCGUGCCAGAGUGGACUGGAGUGAUGACUCAGGGACUCUGGUCUCCGCGGUUAAUGCCGAAUGUGUUCCUGUCUGUGGGUCUCCGAGGCGGUUUCUCUGUGGGUGACUUUGUGCUGUUGGCUGAGAGCUGGAGAGACCAUUCUGAACUACAAAUCCUGUCCACUGUCCUCUGCUGCUUUCUGCUGCUUUUCUUGGUCAGUAGGUUGCUGGUUUUUGUUUUGAGGAUCGGAAUCUCCAUUAGAUUCAUCCAUUUCACAUAGUAACAUCCACAGAAAUAGUCAAACUCUCAAAAGGAGAGAGAAAAAAUGUGGGCGACAGUUGUCACCCAUAUUUCAGACCUGUUUGGAAGUGUGUACGCUGAGGGUCGCAGUGGGAAUUCCGAGACUGGGCCGAGCCCUGGGCGCCUCGACUCGGGACCAGAGAUUUCCUUUCCCACCACCCUCGAGCCUCCUGACAGGUAGCUGGUCACCUAGAUCACAAGCCUGUGCUUGAGGGAAGCUGGGAAUCUCCAGGGUGUGAAGCCUCACCUCACCCUGUCAGGUGAAGAUUAGGAAGCGCUUGUCCCAGUCAGGACCCCACUGGUGGUCAGUGUCCCCUCAGACGCAAAAUGAAGUUAGCUACUGGUGUCAUCAUUCCAAAUCUUGCCUGCAGUUUUGGUAGUGUGUGAACCCAUCCUAUGACUCCAGCUCAAAAUGGCUUUACAGUAGUCCUUACUUUUCUACCUGCUGCAAGAAUAGCUGUGGUCAGAAACUUGUACGUUCCUUAGUCACUUUGCAAGUAUAUGGACAUUUGCAGAUGUUCACAGUACUGGCAAAAUAAUUAUUUAAUUCAGCUAACUUUAAUCUUCCUUCAAAAGAGAGGUUCUUCCAUUCAGCCACCCUAGAGAAUUGCCCUUUAGGUUAAAUAGUUGUUUAAAGACACAGACAUAUCAAACCAUGACUUGAAUGGUCUUUGAGGCUCGGCCUUUGUAAUGAAUUAGUUUAUCCAGCCAAGGUCAUAAAUUGAAUUGAUAGUCAGUUCCCCUUCAACGCAGAGAAAGGCUGAUUUAGAUCAGUAGGUCUUUUGAAGGUUGUAGUUACCCUAUUCAUACUGUGUCCCAUGCUGGCCUGGAGUGGAAAGAAAGAGGAAUGACUGUGAAGAUGCAACUUGUGCCGUGGAGCCUAAUGUUCAAAAAGCCAUUAUAUGCUUAUGGAACCUGAGGGUCCAUUUUAGAAACCAGUGAUUUAGGCCAUCAAUGAUGAUAGGUUUAUUAUUUCAGUAGUGGUAAAGGAUUGCAUUGUUUGAAAGAAUAGUUGGUGGGAACUGAUACUCCUGGGCAUCCUAUUGUGACUUUUGUCCAUUGUUCCAGGACCUUCCAGGAGUGUGAAAUCCAAGGCAUACUGAGUCCCCUUUAUAGGAACAGUCUGCAGGCAUCUGUUUGCUUUUUCAGAAAGUUAGUUUCUUCAGACACUGAAGCAGUCCUUAGUACAAAGGAGAUUUUGCUAAACAAAUUACACAUUUCAAAAGUUCAUCUUUUCUUUCUAUCUCUGACCAAAACUUAGUAUUAAGAAAGCUUGACAAGUAUAGCCUCUAUCCGUCCACCACAUAUACACAUGGACACAUAAUGCACAAGACAUUUCAAGAUGGCAGAGGAGAAUAUUUGAAAUUUACAAAGAUUUGUCAUGAGGACUAUACUUAAAUCCACUAAUUUUAGCUCAAACUUAUGGGAGCAAAUACAGGCCAGUAGUAAACUGGGAGGCCUUCUAACACUGGCAUAGAAAUGUGGUACACAGAUGAGAGUUUCUAAAUAUCUCCAGUUGAUCUUCUUCACUUUUAGUUUCAUGGGAAUGAGAAGCACUCAUAAGGCAAGCACUUUUAGAAACUUCUGAUCUAGAAGAGUCCAUUCAAACCCCUGCCUUCCUCUCAGAACUGGUAGUUGCAUCCUGAUGGGUGAUCCUGCAUCUUCCAUCCAAUUGCUCUUCCCGCUAGGAAGUCUUUAGGAAGAGUCCUGGUGUGGUGCCCUUCAGAUGCUGGUCCUUAGCACAGAGACUCACCAGGCCCUGCCCCGCCCCUGAAAAGCAUGCUGUUGGCCACUGGAGGCUCCUGCGUCUUUCUGAGCCGCAAUGCAGCGGAGCUGUGAGGCUGCUCACCCCUGCAGUUCCGCUGGUCAGCGCCUCACCUCUUGUGUUUGCUGUGCUGGUGCUCACUCCUUCACAUUUGCUACUUGGAAGGGCAACAUUAACUGCUGUUAACUGAUAUGCCAUUCAUUUUUUUUUUCUUAAAAUUGUCAAAGCUCAGCAACGUAUGAAGGAAAAGAAGCUAGCAAGAAUACUUGGUUUUUGUUAACUUUUUGAUUUUGUCUAUGUAACUAAAACUAGAAAUACACCAGUGCUUGGCACCGAGCCUUAGUUGGUGACAUAAUCCCCCAAGCCCACCUCCUCUCUCCCUACCAGUGUCCCAUCCCCAGUCUUAGCUGAAGAGCAGGGAUGCAGGCUCCCAUUCUGCUUACGUUCACCUAGAUUCCCACGGCCGUGGCAAAUUUAGAUAAAAUAACACAAUUGGGUGACAAGUUGGCAAGUCUCCCCUCCUUAGUGUGAGGAGCACUGUCUCUACCAGGGGCACCCCAGAGUCACAGAUUAAGGAGUUUGGCUGUCACCUCAGACCACAAAUGUUGGUCUCAGCAGCUUCGUGGCUCACUUAACUCAUGUAUUCCAACAAGGCCCUGUGGCCAGCUGCCAGAACCCAUCUAGGGAUCAGAGGAAAGUACUCUCCUGCCGUGCAAUAUCCUACAUUUUCUAGGAAUCAAGAUUUCAGCUUAAGCUAUUUUAAUACCCAAAGUCCUGCAUCUCUUCCAUGGUUUAAGUUUAUAAUUUACUACCAGGGUUAGAUCGUCAGUUGCUCGCUGCUGCUGCUGCUGCUGCUGCUUUCCAGGUUGGCUGCCUUAGAAAGCCAGUGUGUGUGAGUAGGAAUGCCUGGCUAAGAAAGUGCUGUCUCCCUCUCAUCCUUUUCUUUCCUUCCUCACAUGUGGUUUCCGUGCUUGUUUAUGUGCAAUGUGGUGGGGGUAAAGCUAUAGAGAGAUUAUCACACACUUUACACACAUAUCACAUAGAGCCGUAUCAUUUCAAAGAGUUCUGCAUGUCAGUAGUAGUUAAGCAACCAAGGUGUCGCAUAUUCUUUCAGCAGAUAGAGGCACCAAGUCCCCCCACUGCCACACUCUGUGCCCCCACCUUUGUUGUGCCUCACUUACAAUGGUGCUUUUUCAGUUAUCUGUCUUCUCUUAUGUUUUUAUUUGUAAGGUGCUGUAUAUAACUUGAAUAUAUAAUGCACAUAUCCUACCCAAUGGGUAGAACAAAAAAUUGUUAAUACUGUAGUAUAAUGUAUAGAUACCAAUUUUAACAGAAAUGGCAUAGAAUUUGUGAAUGCCUAUGUGCUCUGUCCUCUUUUGUAAGGAAAUUUGCAAAUGGAUGCAUACAGAUAAAAGUCUAUGUAGUUUAUUUUCCUAUUAAAUAUCAAUAUUAUAACACAAAGCAAAGAAGUCUGAACAAGCAAGCCACAGUUUAUGACCAGCGUCUGUAUAGCAAUUGAGAGUUACAUCUUUGCUGUGAAAACAUUUUUAAAAAGUAGUUUAAAAAAUCCCACAGCUUUUUGGUUGCCACUAGAUGCUUCUUAUUUUAAUCUGUUUAGGACUGCUCAGUUGGAUCAGUGUUAUAGUCAGAAAAAAAUGUUGAGUUUUCAAAUUGCUUUAUGAAAAGACAUUAUCUCAUUGUAGAAUAAUGAAGUCAGCGCCCAGUGAAAAGUGAACAUUUUGUUAAAAUUGCAAAAAUUAUGUCCGAGUAAGUGAAUCGGCCCGCAGCAGAGGCCUCUGUUCGUGACCAUCUGCAUCAUGAACAGACUCGUUUAUGACCAUCUGGGUCCUUUUUUCUUUGACAAAUGGAAGCUGUGGCGCCAAUGAACUAACAGUAGUUUCCAGGGAGAGAAUACCUCAGGAAGAACGCACCCACCGAGACUCCAUUCUUAGAAAAGACGUUUCGUUAUGGGUUACAAUUAGCAGAGAACUGGCUAUCAGUCAAGGGGAGAAUCUUACAUCCGUUCCUCUUGGUGUCUCAGUGAUCUCGACCCCCCAAAAAACUAGGUUUUGCUGUCACUUAAGGAUUACGUCUUUAAUUGCACAUCAUGUCACACCUCUCUUACUCAUCUGUUUCCAGCUCAGUUUUUAGUGUCUGAUUCUGACUUCUGCAUUUAUCUUCAAAUAUUCUAAUAUUAAAAAAGAAAACCCAAAACAAUGUGUUCACUAAGACCGUUGUUGAAUCACGGGUGUGGGCCUCAAUCAGUGAAAGUUUGCCUGAUCCAUAUUUCCAGUUUAUUCUGUCACCAGAGGAUAUUCUAAUAGAUUUCAUGUUUUUUAUUGCUUUGUGGUGUGUUCUGAUUUUGAAAAUCGCAACAGAAUCAUACCCUUAUCCUCCAGAAAACAAAUUACCAUUAUCCUUAAACUGAAAACACCUCUACAGUGCAACUCUUAAUGCUGAAUUAACUAAAAGUCAGCCCUUCUUUUAUCAUCUGUUUUGAAAGGGCCAUGAAAAGAUAAUUAUCUUUUGUGUUCUCUGUCCCGCCCCGCCCGCACUGUCUGCUGCGCUGUCCACUGCAGGGGCUCCCUCGAGACUCAGCAUUAAGAACCAAGGCUCCUUACUGUCAGAAACAACACUCCCACCCCUCCAGGUUCAAUCUCUUGGGAGAACUAUUGAGCAUGAGGGUCAUCAGAGAAUGUUCUAGACUCAGAGAUACUAAAAUUUGUUACCACACCAUUGCUUCCUUUCUAUAGAACUAAUUGAGGCUUAGACUUUACUGUUAAUGAUACUGGUUCAUUUUAAUGUGCUUUGUUGGUAUAUUGCUACUUUUCAUUUUAUGGCUUUCAAAAAUCACAUUUUCUAAUUGUAUACUUGUCUAGUUUAGAGCUGUUUUAAAAUAUGUACAAUACUAUUCACAGCAUUAGUUCAUCUAAAUUUUAUUAUAAAGCAGCCUACUACAGUACAACUGUAUUUGAACUUUUCAAUAGCUGUUUCUGAGCUACAAUAAUCACAAGUCAUGUAAGUCUUUUUUUAACAGGCAUUUGUGCUUACUUUUCAACAUAAAAUUCCCAGUUAUAUACAGAAAAGGUUUCCAACUGUUGUGCACCUGCCUCUCUUACUGAGCAAUGGUGGUGUAGUGCUUAGACCUACGGUCCUAACUGCAAUACUUUUAAAGGAAGAUGUCGCUCUAAGUGCUGUUUGUUAGUGAUGAAAUCAGCUUUUUCUGCUUGUUCUUAAUGCUGUGGUCAAACCAUAGCAUAAAAAUCAUUAAAAAUAAUCAGUGAUAGA